UUGUGGCGUUGGAAACUGAUGCAUAAUAGCCUUAAAGAAGACUUGGAAAAGGUACAAUCAUGAUUUUCGAGUAAAUCUUAUGUUGUCGUGUUUUUUUUACUGGUCACUUUCAAGAGCGAUUCAAACAAGAGUUUCGAGUACAGGUGCACGCUUCGCACACGCGUCUUAUCUGUUAAUGGAAUUUGCUUUAUUUUCAGUAGUCUUCUGCGACUCACAGGAUGGGUUAGCCCCAUGGCAGCCAUGGACAAGAUGCAGUGUGUCGUGUGGAAAGGGAGAACAGACUCGGAGACGAGAAUGUCCUCUUCCUUCGCUUCCCGGCAACAUGCAGAAGAUGCUUUCCGAAGACAAUGGUUGUCAAGACAGCAAGAGUGUGAUAAUAACGCAACCUUGCAAUAUGAUACCAUGCUCAUAUUUUGAAGCAGAAAUCGACCCUUCAUCUCUCUCAUCGUAUUCUUACUCACUGACGGAUCCGGCAAAACUUUUCCCCAACAAAAAUGAUUCGACUGCGACUGUCGACCAAUCCGGCUUUGUCGAUUAUGAUGACGAUUCGGCAAUGGAGAUGGCAUAUGAUACAGGGUGCUCCGAGCUCGACUAUUCAGCCGCAUGCAGCAAUUCUACCAACGAGCGUCACAGGUUAAGAAGGGCAAUACGCCUAUCUCUUGGGGAGAUGAUAUACUCCAACUGGACACCAUGGUCGACGUGUUCGUGUGACACUGAAACCAAUAAACGCUAUCGCUUUUGCAUCGUCAGUAAGCGGCAGUGCCUUCGGAUCAAGGGACUGUUCCCGACCGUUGAGACAUCGCACUGUUCGUGCUGGGAGUCCACCAAGACGAGGACAACCAAGUACAGGUCUCGAAAGUUCCCCUAUGAUAAAUAUGACCCCUACAGUCCUUGGUCUAAAUGGAGUGGUUGUCCCUGUGAGAAAGACGCUUUCCGAAGUCGAAGCCGGAUGUGCCGUCCAGGGCACGAAAUGGCCUGCUUUGAGAGAAAGCAGAAAACCGGCAUCGGCAUCGCUCAACUCAAGAGAUGCAAACCGACUCCGGGAUGCCACCGGAUCGGUCCCAUGAGUAAUCUUGUGGACGAACGGAAACUUCUUCUGGAAUAUGCACAACAGCCAUACCCAGCCCCUGCUAGGCAGGUGCCCCCUCGACCUUCAAACAGGAUGGCUGUCGGACACAGAGUGCAAGCGAUUCCUCCACAACCCGCGGUGAACUAUGAAAGUCCUGGAAUGGAAGAAUACAGUCCGGGGAUGCCUUCAAACACAAUGACUGCCGGGCAUAGAGUGCCAGCGAUUCCUCCACAACCCGAGGUGAACUAUGAAAGUCCUGGAAUGGAAGAAUACAGUCCGGGGAUGGAGGAAGAGUAUCCUGAGGAAUUGGAAUCAGAGGAAGGCUUCGUAGAAAGUGUAGCAAGCUGGUCAGCCUGGGGUGAAUGGGAAUCGUGCAGCAAGUCGUGUGGUACCGGUCAAGCAACGCGAUGGCGCGAAUGUCUUGAUGGGAACCAUCAACUCACGCAAGGUUGCGGUGGUGGUGAUUAUACAGAAUCGCACAAUUGUAAUACUCAAUCCUGUCCAGUUAUAGAAACGGCGCCUGUGUAUAAUCAAAUGCCUUCAUCAUCAGCGGUCGAAGAGUCUUCAUACGGUCAGGAAUCAUCGGCGAAUUUUGACGGCGUUUGUCGGGCGUUUACCAGUGACACACUGAGGACGGAGCCAACCAGUCGUCAACCGAUCACUGCUGGCCUGCUAGACACACGACCAGAAUACGACCAAUGCCCGGCGUAUUACGGAUUCAUGGGGGAAUAAUAAAAUAAAAUGACGAAAACAUUGAUAUGAUGACAACGUAUAGGCAUUCCACAAUAUACUUGAAGAAGUAACGCAUGACGUAAGCGUGACGUAAAUGGGGGGAGCUUUUGAAAAUACGAGGGCAUGCAGGCAAAGAGGCAAGAUCAGAAAGAAAGGUGUUUCUAUACAAUCUCGGAACUUUCGUCAUCCCGACCAAAACAGUCCGAAUUCGUGGAGGAUGUUUUGAAUCCGCGGUUCAAACCAACGUGGUUUCAUGUAAGCCCUGUCAUAAGCUGAAUACACGCUUUUGUCACAGGGCACUGAAUAGACCCUAUGCAUCGACGUCAUCGUGCUACCGUCUUAAAUGUCGUUGGUGAUUUGCUGUUGGCGCAUCUCUGACAACUCCGUUGAAGUGUAUUCCUAUAGCUGCUGUGGAAGGGUGCCUUAUAUUACUGCUACAGCCUUAUACUUUAUAUGCUAUAUGUAAAUGUGAUGUCCUAAAAGAAGUAAAAAGGAGUUUAUUCAUCCUUCUAUAUGGGCUUGCUUCGUCGUCUUGCUCAAAAGCUUCGGACGUUCGCGCUUUAUUCUCUCCGCCGUGUUUUCGAAGGCUGUCUGCUGCUAUCAUCAAUCGUCAAUAACGUACGUAGACUUAGGCUUUAUCACUUACCUUUGCUAAAAUAUGCCGUCAAUGCAUAUGACGUCAUAAUCUCAUAGCGCCCUCACUCAGAGAAUAUACGAAUGCGCAUAUACAGAGUUGUCAGAGAUGAGCCAGCUGCGGAUCACCAAUGCAUGCAAUAGGCAAUGGCUUCAGCCUCUAAGAUGGCGGCGAGAUGACGUCACUGCAUACGGUCUAUAUAGGCUUGGGCCAACAUAAACAAAGGAGGGACUACGGUGAUGUAAAAAAGGUUAGUUCACUGAGGGAAAUAGUCGCAUAUAUACCCUGCUUGUAACCGUCACUCUCCUUCAUGUAAUAUUUGUUUAUCACACGCUCUUGAUUUUCAUUUUGUAUGAUAUGUAUUAUCGUUAACAAUUCAUUUUGUUUAGUUUUUCACGAAUCCUUUAAUUUAUUCAUUCAAUCGGUUACUGAUAUAUCUUUCUUUAAUCAUAAUUAUUAUUUAAAAACAAUUCUUUUUCACUUAAUCAACUGGAGACAAAAUUAUAAAUCAGUAAAAGGACAUUACUGUGAAACUGAAUGCCGCAACGUGUCUAUACACCCAUCAUCCUUAGGUUGUGUAGUAAGGUUUUUCCGAGCUUUCCUUAUUCAAUCUGUCUAUCACUUGGAAAAAUAUAAUGAAUUUGACAAAAACGGUUUAACUUUACCGAUUUUCAGGAUUUGACAAUCAUUAACCUUAAACAAUCAAGACACUCCAUUUUAAAAUAAUGUGAGCAAAAAUGACGUAUGUUAUACUGUGGUAGUGUCGAAGAAGAUCAUGGACUAGUGAUAUUCAAAACACGUUGUUUGUAGAUAAAGUGGCGUUAUUCAAUAUUUCUGCGUGCAUAUGCUUUUAAAAGGAAGUCCGGCCCGUAUUCUCAAGUCGGGUUUAAUUUAAACUCUGGUCUUAAGUUGUGGUUUAACUAUGGAAAGCCAGUUGUUACAUAAAUCUCUAUGAACCCUACAUGUAUUCUUAACUCGGGUUUAAUCUAAACUCUGGUCUUAAGUUGUGGUUUAACUAUGGAAAGCCAGUUGUUACAUAAAUCUUUAAAGGCCACCGCACACCUUACG